AUGUUCUCAUUACUACUGGCAAUUGCUUCUGCUAAAUAUUUAAUUAGUACUACUGGUUAUUCUGUUACUAUAUAUAAAGACGGACAAUGCUAUUACGAUGGAGAUAAUACUUAUUAUAAAUAUGUUGAAGAAGGAGAUAAUAUACAAUCAUACAAAUCGUCCACAUGCAGUAAUUGGAUUAAAGAUGAAGUUAUUCCAAAAGGCGCAAAUGCAGUGGUACAAGAUGAUUUACCGGAGUAUUAUUACAUGUUUUAUGAAUACAAGGAUGCCAAAGAUUGUAUAUUCAGUGAAAAAGACGCAAAUCCUAUUGAAUACCCAUAUUCUGAAUGUACACAAACGGGGGAUUCAUCUUCGGAAAAGGCCAGUAAGGCGGAUGGAAAAGUGUCUUAUAAUGUUUACAACACAAAAGAUUGCUCAGGAACUGCAAUUAAAGAAUAUGAACCAGUUGAACUUGAAAAAUGUUUAUCAAAUAAUAGAUUCUACACUAUGUAUUCGGAAGGUGAGUUUGAGGUAUUUGCUAUGCUUGCUUUAUUUAUUGCAUGUUUGCUUUAA